GCUGGUAUUGAGGAAGCCAAGACUGAAGAAAUUAUGAAGCUACAGUCUGCCUUGGAAGAAAUUCAACUUCACCUUCAAGAGACCAAAGAUUUGCUAAUGAGAGAGCACGAGAAAGCAAAGGAGGCGGCUAGGAUAGAAGAAGCCCAAACCGAAGAACUUGUGAAGCUACAGUCUACUUUAGAAGAAAUCCGAUUUCAGUUUAAAGAGGCGAAUGAAAUGCUCAUGAGGGAACGAGAGAAAGCAAAGGAAAAUGCUGAAUUAGUGGAAGCCAAAACUGAAGAGUAUGUAAAGCUACAGUCAGAUUUGGAAGAAUUGCGACUUCAAUUUCAAGAGACUAAAGAGUUGCUCAUGAGAGAACAACGGAAAGCAAAAGAGACUGCUGAAAUAGGAGAAGCUAAAACUGAAGAGCAUGUAAAACUACAGUCUGAUUUGGAAGAAAUGCGACUUCAACUUCAAGAGACUAAAGAGUUGCUCAUGAGGGAACAACGGAAAGCAAAAGAGACUGCUGAAAUAGGAGAAGCCAAAACAGAAGAGAAUGUAAAGCUACUGUCUGCUUUGGAAGAAAUGCGGCUUCAGCUGCAAGAGACUAAAGAUUUGCUUGUGAGGGAACAAGAUCGCAUAAAGGAGACAACUGAGAUAGAGGAAUCCAAAACUGAAGAACAAUUAAAGCUACAGUUUACUUUGGAAGAAACCCGACUUCAGUUUCAAGAGACUAAAGAAUUGCUCAUGAGGGAACAAGAGAAAGCAAAGGAGAUUGAAGACAUGGAGCAGGCCAAAACUGAAGAAAAUGUGAGACUGCGGGCUGCUUUGGAAGAAAUG